AUGGCACAAACUGGACAUCAUUAUUUUCGGGAGGAACCGAUGUGCAAAACAAUUGCCUUGUUGCAAGAUGAAACGUCCGUCAAGUCAUACUUAGAGCUUAUGAGAGCAUGGAUGAAAGACACUACCAGUUUGGUUGCGCUUAGUCUGACAUCUGGACGAGUAAUUGGAGUUGCUGUUACUCGAAUCAAUAGCAAUUCGGAGAAAAGCGACGUAUACAAUCGAGUACGAAAUUUUGAAGGAGAUGCACUAGAGAAAAUUAUGGGCCUGAUGAAUGCUCUAAUAAAACGAUCGAACGUAUAUGAAGAAUUCGAUUGCGACUUAUAUUUUCGAAUCAAAGUUCUCUGUGUUCAUCCAUCUUACCAGCAAAAAGGCGUCGGCACGGCUCUAUUGAAGGUUUGCAUCCAAGUUGCGUCCAAAUUGGGCAUAUCGGUUGUAGGUGGCAUCUUCACGUCGGGUUUGAGUCAGUCGUUAGCCUUAAAGCUGGGCUUUCGUCUCAUUGCAGAAAUUCGUUACAGUCGCUGGGUUGUCGAAGACAGAAUUGUGUUCGACGAUACCGGCAAAGGGAAUUACUCGGUCGCAUUUAUGGCAAUACGAACACCUUGCGAGUAGUGUUACAUAUAUAAAUCACAGCAAGAGUACAUACGUACACUUUUUUUAAAAAAAAAAACAUGACGAUCGA